AUGCUGCCGCCGCUGCCGCUGCUGUUACUGCUGGCUCUGUGUGGAUCUCCUGCCGCCGCCUUCACCACACCGCCUCCGUCGGACGGCGGGCAGCUCACUGACGAGCUGCAGCUGCCCGACGAGCUGCAGCUGUCCGAGGAGGACCUGCAGCUGCUGCAGCUCGAGCGCCGCCGGCAGUGUGACGAGCAGGGUGCCGGGCCGCCGCCGCCCAACCACUGCCGGCUCACCUGGGACGAGGCGCUCUGCUGGCCAGAGUCGCCGCCCGGCACGCUGGUGCUGCUGCCCUGCUUCAAAGAGUUCAGAGGCAUCAUCUACCCCAAGGGAGGCAACAACACGGCCAGUCGCUACUGUCACGUGAACGGCACGUGGGACGCCACGGCCAACUACUCGGACUGCAUUCCGCUGUUCAGCGAGGUGCUGCCGCCUCCGGACGAGUUCCGACGCUCCGAGUACACCUCGAUCAUCUACCUGAUCGGCUACAGCCUCAGCCUGGCCUCGCUGACUGUGGCCACCGCCAUAUUCGCCUACUGCAGGGAUCUCCGCUGCCUAAGAAAUACCAUCCACGCGAAUUUAUUCAUCACCUAUAUUCUAACCGACUCGCUGUGGAUUAUUACCUUGUCAAUGGAGCUGGGCGUGGGCCACCCCACCUUCACCUGUGUGAUCGCCGUGCUGCUCCAUUACUGCCUGGUGGCCACCUUCUUCUGGAUGUUUGUCGAAGGCCACUACCUCUAUAUGCUGGUCGUCCAAACAUUCUCAGCUGAUAAAAUUCGCACUCGUCUCUACCUAUUGGUUGGAUGGGGCGUGCCUCUGCUGGUGAUGAUCACGUGGGCGCUGGUGAAGGUGCGGACCAGUGAGCCGGCCGGUCGGCUGGCGGCGGGCGGAUCGCCGCAGCUGGAGUCGCUCAUCAGCGACACGGGCGCCGCUAACACCAUGGCCGACGGCUGGUCAGUCGCGCCGGUACUGGACGAACAGGGCGGCUACUCGACCCAGUGUCGGUGGCUCUCCUCCAGUCACUGGGACUGGAUCUACCUGGCGCCCGCCCUGCUGGUGCUCAGCUUCAACAUCAUCUUCCUCAUGCGCAUCAUGUGGGUGCUGAUCACCAAGUUGCGCUCGACCAACUCUGCCGAGACGCAGCAGUACAAGAAGGCCACCAAGGCUCUGCUGGUGCUGCUGCCGCUGCUUGGCGUCACCUACAUCCUGGUGCUGGCGCCGCCCACCGACUACGGCAUGCUGGAGACGGUGUUUGCCUACCUGCAGGCCGUCCUCAUCAGCACGCAGGGUCUGGCUGUGGCGCUGAUCUACUGUUUCUUCAACUCGGAGGUGCGCGCCUCGCUCCGCACGCACUACCGGCGCUGGAACAUGGAGCGUUCGAUGGCAGAGUUCUCCGGGAUCAGCCACAGGGGGUUUCCGUCCAGUCGGCGCCGCAGCUCGGCCACAGAGAUGACAUAUACGGUGACGGAGGCGGGGGGACAGGGCUGCGGCCGACUGCGCCGGGCCAGCGGCAACAGCCAGGCAGGCCGAGAGCAGCUGGCCACCGUCUGA